AUGUUGCUCUUCUGCCCCGCCUGCUCCAACACGCUGACCGUGUCGCGUGUCCCCGACAACGUGCCCGACAACUCGCCCGACGCGGCGCUGCGCGGCAAGAACCGAUUCGAGUGCCGCAGUUGCCCAUACCAGUACGUGCUGGACCGGCGCUACUACGAGCGCAAGGCUAUGAAGCGCAAGGAGGUUGAGGACGUGCUGGGCGGUAAGGACGCGUGGGAGAACGUCGACCAGACCGAGGUCCAGUGCCCCAACAUGCAGUGCGGCGGAGAUCGCGCGUACUUCUACCAGAUCCAGAUCCGCAGCGCCGACGAGCCUAUGACGUCGUUCUUCAAGUGCACCAAGUGCGCGAAACAGUGGAGAGAGUAA